AUGAAUGUUGUAGAAAACUUUCUGGUGUAAGAAUCCAUUAACACCACCACAUACAGUCAUGUCAGCUUCAUUUGUACGGAGACAUUGCACAGCCAUAUGUAAAGUUUCUCAAGAAGAUGAACAAGCAGCAUCUGAUGAUACAUUUGGAUCAUGUAAAUUAAAAUGGUAUAAUAAACUAUUAGGUCUAUAA